ACUUCUUUACUGAAGAGCAUAUCAUAUAUUUUAAUAGUGUUGCAAUAAUGCUGGCUGAAGCGGUUUAAAUUCCUCAUGUAUCCUUUAUUUCUUCAUUCUCAAGUGGACACUGACGUUAACUUUUCUCCUUUACCCUUUAAGUCAGUCAUUAUGAUGUGACGUCAUGUGAUAGGUGUGGACAAAAAAAUAAAAUAAAAAUCCCUGACUCUUCGUGACAUUAAAGAAGAUCCACACAAACUGGAUCAAGCCGGUCAAGCCACAAUUACAGCACAUACCUAAUGAGGAAGACCAUUAUCAAGAAAAUGUGUCUUUUCAAAAAUAAUCUUUCUUAGUUUUGAUUGACACUGUCAGAGAGGUAUUCAUUUAACAUUGGUUUGUGUAAAACUGCACUGGAUCAUACCAAGAGGCAUUUAUAAUGUAUUGGUCAUUUCAUUUUGAGCAAAAUAUUAGAACAUUAAUAAAGGUAUUGUUUCAUUAAUACUUCUCUUACAUUGUCAAAUAAAACUGAGCAAUGGACAACUCUUGUAUUGGAAGUGAGUCAGUUUCAUGAAUGGGCUGCUGGGCUGCAUGUCUAGACAGUUCGCUUAAGAGCUCUGCUUUUACUCUCUCUCUGUUCACUCUACAUUUAGCUUGGCAGGCCAUGACUACUAUUGCACUCAUUAUGAGUGUGUGUGUUUGUGUGUGUACACACGCUUGUGUGAUUUAGCCCCAAGGCUGUGUAGUCAGAAAACAAACACUCAUGUAGAUAUAAAAACAUUCCAACACAGUUUGAUUUUGACGUUUGGCUAAAUUUCCUUCAUCGGCUAUGGAGAAAAUUAACUAUUUUAUCGAUUAAUAGUUUUUUAAAUGCCAAGUUAUUUGAUGGGAUGGGAAUCUUACUCUGAAUGCUCUGAACUCUUUUUUCCACAGCAGAAUGAUACUGCCCAGAGUGUGGAUAUAGCUCAACUUGCCAUAGUUGAUGUCAUGUUGUACUUCUUUAGACAGCAGACGAGUUGAAACUGAGACGAUAGCACCGCUGCUGGUUGCACCCAAGUCGUAUGCACAACUGCUUCGAGACAUUAUUAAUCAACAAUAUUUCUAUUAAUAAACUGAUUAAUGGGCGGCACGGUGGGGGACUGGUUAGCAUAUCUGCCUCACAGUUCUGAGGACCUGGGGUCAAAUCCGGCCUCGCCUGUGUGGAGUUUUCAUGUUCUCUCCGGGUACUCCGGUUUCCUCCCACAUCCCAAAAACAUGCAUGGUUGGUUGAUUGGAGACCCCUAAUUGCUCGUAGGUGUGAAUGUGAGUGAGAAUGUUUUUGUUUUUUUGUUUGUACUGUAUGUGCCCUGUGAUUGGACGGCAACCAGUUCAAGGUUUACCCCGCCUCUCUCCCGAAGAUAGCUGGGGUAGGCUCCAGCACGCCUGUGACCCUAUUGCGGAUAAGAGAUACAGAAAAUGAAUGAAUGACAUUGAUUAAUGGUAUGGUACUUGGUACUAUGGUACUUAACCAGAUUUUUCAGGUUAUCUGUGCUUUACUUGAAUGUUUAUUUUUCUCACUCUUUUACUCCCUACAUUUGAAAACAAUGUGGAGAAUCUGAACCAGGGAGCAUUAAUGCAAAGGAUCCAUCCAUCCAUCCAUCCAUCGUCUUCCGCUUAUCCGAGGUCGGGUCGCGGGGGCAGUAGCUUUAAGAGGGAAGCCCAGACUUCCCUUUCCCCAGCCACUUCAUCCAGUUCUUCCAGAUACUUGAACACCUCCACUUGGGGCAGGAUCUCAUCCCCGACCCGGAGAGGGCACUGCACCCUUUUCCGACUGAGGACCAUGGUCUCAGAUUUGGAGGUGCUGAUUCUCAUCCCAGCUGCUUCACACUCUGCUUCGAACCGCUCCAGUGAGAGUUGGAGAUCACGGCUUGAAGCCAACGGAACCACAUCAUCUGCAAAAAGCAAAGAUGCAAUACUGAGGCCACCAAACCGGACCUGCGCCUAGAGAUUCUGUCCAUAAAAGUUAUGAUCAGAAUCGGUGACUGUCACCGAUUCUGCAAAGGAUUCACAGAAGCAAUUUAUUCCCCAAAUUCCCCAAUUUAAGAGAAUUAUUUCAUGGUGUCGGCUGCAAGAAUGAUUUGUGCUAAAUGUAUUGUCUUUUGCCAGCCUAAAAAACACCAAAAGGUUUUUCACUUUUUCUCAUUAGCUCACAUAGUAGUAGUAGUUUAACUACUAGGAGGAGUAGUGUUUUUUUUUUUAUUCAGUCACCAUACAAUAACAUAUUUCACAGUACAAACAAUAAAAAAAAAAGAAAAAACAGCCAUGGAAGCAAGAUGCAUAUUUAAGCCAAGCCUACUUUUUAACAAGCAUAUCCAAUCCAGCUACCACCUUCCCAAAUAGAUGAGUAUGAGAACUUCAGAGAGGACUGAAGAAGAUUCCAAUACGAUCAACUCCCUGUGAAGUGAUGAGUACUCAGACCGUAGAGAACCCCAACACGGAUGUAAUGGUGGUCUCCAAGGAGAUGGCAUUGCUUAGCAACAUACUGGCAGCUUAUACCUUCAUCACAGACCAACCCGAAAGGACGGCGCUGGUGUUUCUGGGCGGAGUGUCUGUCGGUCUCCUUGUCACGCUCUGUGCCGUCGUCUUCCAGAUCCACUGCCGCGCCGACUGUCACUAUGGCAACAGUAAACACCCUCGCCAUCGACAUCACCAUCACCACCGCCACAGGCGUCACCAUCACGUCUGUCAGCACCACCAGCAGCACGUCAAUGCUAACCCGGACAACAUGGCCGUCGUCACCGCAGAGGUCGCAAGGCCUAACGGGGACAGCGAAUCGGAGGACUGGGAUGAGGCGAUGGACAUGUCGUCGCGGAGACGCAGGCGCUUUGAGAGGGCCUUGCUACACGCCAGCAUGUUUACAUCGGCUGAGGAACUGGACCAGGCCCAGCGGCUAGAGGAGCGGGAAAGGAUCCUGAGAGAGAUUUGGAUGAACGGCCAACCAGACAUCAGCACAGUCACUCAGAGCCUCAAUAGAUAUUACUGAGAAAUGAAGACACACACUAAAGGACGGGUGCAAGAAUGAAAGAAGGACCUAAAUGAAGGACACACAAAAGUGACAGUCGCAACAAAAGACACGUGAACGUUUGACCACACAUGGACCGUGGCUUUCAUGAUCUGUCCACACAUUUGCUCACUAACAUGCUGUUUGUGUUUCAAACACAGUUUAAAUGGUGCUUUUGUUUACAUAGGGAAUGUGAAUGCGUUGCUGUUUAAUGGGAUAUACAAUAUGUUCCUUAUUCCAUCCUAUUGACGCUUUGAAGCUAAAAGUAAAGGAAAAAGAAAAGGGAACAAUGGACAUGGUGGUUUGAUUCUGGUGCUUUUACUGUCGUAUGUUGCAUUCCUUGAAUAAAGUGAGUUCCUA